CAUGCCGCAGAAGAGAGUCUGCAUGCCUCGUGCCACCGAGGCAACGUGAACUUCACGGUAAGCUUCUUAAACUUGUGAAUCCCAGUCAGGUUUGUACUCUACAUCUCUAUCUUCUAGCAGAACCAAUAUCAACAUAAUGUACUACAGCAGCGGCAACUAUGAGGCGUUCGCCCGGCCAAGGAAGCCAGAAGGCGUCGAAAAGAAGACAGCAUGGUUCGUUGGAUCUGGCCUUUCAUCCUUGGCAGGAGCGGCAUUUCUCGUGCGAGAUGCCCAGAUGCCAGGAAAGAACAUCACCAUCCUCGAAGAACUUGACCUGCCUGGCGGAGCGCUAGAUGGCAUCGAAGAGCCUGAGAAGGGUUUCGUCAUACGUGGCGGUAGAGAGAUGGAAGAUCACUACGAGUGUCUAUGGGACCUCUUCCGCUCUAUCCCGUCGCUCGAAAUCGACGAGGCAUCGGUGCUGGACGAAUUCUACUGGCUCAACAAAGACGACCCAAACAAGUCUCUGUGCCGAGCCACAGUCAAUCAAGGACAAGAUGCCCAUACUGACGGACUCUUCGGCCUGAGCGGCAGUGCCCAAAGGGACAUCAUCCGCGUGUUUCUGGCCACCAGGAAAGAAAUGGAAGGAAAACGCAUCAACGAAGUAUUUGGCCACGACUUCCUUCAAAGCAAUUUCUGGCUAUACUGGCGGACCAUGUUUGCGUUCGAAGAAUGGCAUUCGGCACUGGAAAUGAAGCUCUACCUUCACCGUUUCAUUCACCAUAUCGGAGGUAUGCCAGACUUCACGGCCCUCAAGUUCACAAAAUACAAUCAAUACGAAUCUCUCGCCCUGCCCCUGUACCACUGGCUCAUCGAACACGGCGUGAAGUUCCAGUACAAAACAAAAGUCCUCGAUGUAGAUUUCUCACUCGUGGACGGCAAAAAGCAAGCGACACGCAUUCACUGGACGAAGGAUGGCCAGGAAGGUGGCGUGGACGUUGGUCCAGUUGACCUAGUGUUCAUGACCAUCGGCUCAUUGACGGAGAACUCGAACUCGGGUGACCAGCAUACACCUGCCAAGCUCGAUGAAGGCCCGGCGCCGGCAUGGGACUUGUGGAGGCGCAUUGCAGCCAAAGACCCAUCCUUCGGGAGACCAGAGGUCUUUGCAUCACACAUUCCCGAGUCCAAAUGGCAAUCAGCAACGGUCACCACUCUGGACAAGUGCAUUCCCGAGUAUAUCCAGAAAAUCUGCAAACGCGAUCCAUACAGCGGCAAUGUCGUUACCGGCGGUAUCGUGACGGCCAAAGACUCCAAGUGGCUUCUCAGCUGGACGGUCAAUCGCCAACCGCAUUUCAAGAAGCAGCCUCACGAUCAGAUCGUUGUCUGGCUUUAUUCGCUGUUCGUCGAAGUACCGGGAGAUUUCAUCAAGAAGCCCAUGCAAGAUUGCACAGGAGAGGAGAUCACGCAAGAAUGGCUAUAUCAUAUGGGCGUGCCUGUCGAGGAGAUACCACAAAUGGCUGCCAUCAGUGCAAGGUGUGUGCCAGUCAUGAUGCCUUACGUCACAGCAUUCUUCAUGCCUCGGCGUGCAGGUGAUCGUCCGGCCGUGGUGCCUGACGGCUCUGUCAACUUCGCUUUCAUAGGUCAAUUCGCUGAGUCGACUCGAGAUUGUAUCUUCACGAUCGAGUACGCCACCCGGACGGCCAUGGAGGCUGUGUACCAACUGCUUAAUGUCGAACGAGGAGUACCAGAGGUGUUCAACUCGACUUAUGAUGUUCGCACACUGCUUGCCGCGACAAGCCACCUCCGGGAUGGAAAAGAGCUGGAUGCACCACUGCCCGAAUUUCUGCGCAAUUGGGUUGUGCGGAGACUUGACAAUGAGAUUGGGGAGCUCCUGCAUGCCAAUCAUCUGAUAUAGAUAGACGUCCAGGCGUUACGCGAGAGACCACUGUAGCUUUAAAAAGACCAUCAGAAUGUCACAAUGAUGGAAGCAUUCCUGGCAUGCCUCACGAAUGAGUCGCUGCCCAAUCCGCCGGUAGUCGGAAACCAGGUGGUAUUUCAUAUUGACCAACGCAAUGACCUGCACUGCAACGAUCAAGAUUGCACCUCCCGUACAAUCGACAAUAGCAUUCCUCUGCGGCGGGACAUGCUAGGUAAUUCAGCUUCUUGAGAUCGAUGUGACCGUCCAUGGCAUUUGG